CAUGUGCGCGCUCACGAGGGCUAGGCGGGAGUGCGCUGUGUUGACGGAGGUGAGUGACUGGAGAGGCAACAUGUCCAGCACAGCCGCCGCGCACCUCAACGACAAUGAAGAACCGGGCCUCAACGGAUCCUGGGUGGAACUGGAGAUAAAUGGAAACACUCAGCUACAGAACCCCAGUUUGCCCUCCCUGCUGGAGAAUGGGAAUGAAGGCGAGUCCCAGGCUUCACAGGCCCUGGAGGCUGUGCAGGAGGAAGAGGAGGUUCUGACAGGAGGACUGGAGCAUGUACCGUCCUCCUCCUCCAUCCAUAACGGUGACAUGGAGAAAAUCUUGCUCGAUGCCCAGCACGAGUCUAGCCCCAGUAGCUCAUCCUGCAACAGCCCACCACGACCUCACAGUCCUGAUCACGAUGAGGGUCAGAUCAUGUUCGAUGUGGAGAUGCCGAGCGAGAGAGACUGUCAGUCAGAGGAUGACAGUGUGGAGAAGGACAGAGAUGAUGAUAUUCUAAUGAAUAAAGGGGAGGGUUGGGUGGCAGACUGGUCCAGUCGACCAGAAAACAUUCCCCCAAAGGAGUUUCAUUUCCGUCACCCGAAGCGCUCUGGAUCAGUGUCUCUUAGCAUGAGGAAGACUGGUGCUAUGAAGAAAGGAGGCGUGUUCUCCGCUGAGUUCCUCAAAGUGUUCAUGCCAUCAUUGCUGCUCACCCACAUCCUGGCACUGGGACUAGGGGUCUACAUUGGGAAAAAGUUGACCUCACCUUCCACAAGCUCAUUUUGAACCAGAUCAGACCCCAGUGCCUGGACGCCCCAUCUGAAGCAGUGGCGUCAAAGCAGUGGCCAAACAUGUGUGAUAAUUCCUCCCUCUUUUUUUCUCUCCUCCUUUAUACUCCCAUCUGUCAUUUCUUUAAUUUUCAUCACACACUUGCCAUUUCUGCGCUCUAAAGCUUACUGACUUGUUUUAGAUGUUUUUAUUUCUUUUAUGCAGAAAUCUACUGAAUUAUUUGCUAGCUUGCCUGGGUGUGGCUGGGAGUGUUCAAUAUCUCAUGUACUUUUUUAGGUACCACUGGACAGAAUCAUAGUGCCAUCUGUAAAGUCACUCGACUGUUAACAGCUCAUUUUAUCUGUCUUUUUUUUUUGUUGCUCAUGUCAUGCAAUUUAGGAGUUUAGACUCUUAAAGAUGUUAGAUGGAGUUAUACACAAGCAGGUACAUCUUCUAGUGCUUCUUCGUGACAACAACAGCUCAAAUGUGAGUGUUGCCACCCUGUGAACCCACUAAUUAGUGCAAAUAAUUCAGGAUACAUGCGCAUACUGCGCGUUCAGAGUAUGCGCGGUUAGAAAAAUCAUGCCCCACGCGUUCAGUGCUCGCGCACUGUGCUAAUGACGAAAUUUGCAUCACAUGUCCUGUACGCAGACGCCUAGCAUUUGCGUCUAACUGAAGUAUUUUGGGCUUUAAGGCUCGGGUAUGCUUAGUUUAUCUGCCCCAUUACAUCUCUCACACGGUCGAGCGCACUAGCCUUUCAAAGUAUACUCUUUGUACCACAAGCCUGUAUGAAUGCGUUUUACGCAUGCGCACUGCAGCUGCUUUGUGGUACUUUUUAAUACAGUCAACUCCAGGCACAUGCACAGAUGACGCAGACCGUCCACAUGUCUAGAAAAACUGGGAUGCACUUGGACAGUCCAAACAUGCUGAUGAUGCAGUUUGCGUCGUAGUGGCACAUGGAAAGCCAAAGUAUACUUUCUCUCUAGCAUUAGAGUAUGUAAAUAUAAAAGCAAGUGACAUGGAAUAGACUUUUAAAUCAACAUUACCUUAUAAUAAAUAUAAACCCCACUGUUUUCAUCUUAUUUUGCAAUCACAGUAAAAGAUUUUCUGUUUAAAACAACUUAGUAUGAACAUGCAUGCCCACCCUUCAGUUUAAGAGCCAAACUAAUCAGGUUAGUUUAUUGUGGAGUUACUAGGAAGGCUACACACGCACAAAUACACUCUCAUUUGCCUUAAUGCAUAUCCUGCUGUCUCAGACCAGGCUCACAGCAGUCUCUGACUGUGUAUCUUAGUGCCAAAGGGUUUCCACUGUGAUGGUACAUCUGCCAACCCAACAUGAGCUUGUCGUACCUCUUGUAGACGUGUUUUUAUGAGGAUCGCUGCAGACUCCCUUUGGCUUGAGCUGAUUAUUUAUCCUGUAGCUCACUAAAUUAUGAGAAUAUCAUGCAAUGCCUUUGCUUUUACUGUGAACACCAUGUUGAUGUUAGUUUAUUCCAAGCAAAGUGUUUCCAUAAUUUAUUAUUAUAUGCUAUUAUAUGCGCAUUUGUCAAAAUAACAUAUGCCAGACAGUAGAGACAAAUCUGAUGACCCCACACCCUGUGUACAUAUUUUUAUGCGAUGUGGUGUAGUUUUACAGAUUUACGAUUUACACUACUCAUUUAGAAUACUUUAGCAGGUUUACAUUCAGAUACAUACAGGUGACUUUCAUAAAACAUGUCAAAAACAUGUCCAGAUCAUAUUUCACCUAAAUAUAUAUAUAUAUA